CAAGAAACCAAAACAAGCUGCGUGCAGUGAGGCUUUGCUGUUUUGUCAUUCUGUUUGCAUUAUACCCGGAUCGGGUGAAGUUCAUCGAGUGAUCGAGAGCUAAUAGUCACUUUUCAUCGAUAAUGCAGACGUGAGUCUCCAGAUGCAGCUGUCGCGCGCGGACCACGCUUAGGGAGCGUCUUUAAAGAGAUGUGCUAGGAAAUAAGCGUGGAGCAAAAGUCCACAGUGAAGGAUGCCUGCAGUAGACAGCCACCAUGCGCAGCGUGUCCUGUCCUCCCUGAACCAGCAGAGGGCUGUAGGCAGGUUUUGUGAUGCAACGUUGAGCGUGGGAGGUGGGGUGAGCUACCUCGCCCAUCGCAACGUCCUCGCCUGUUUCAGCGAACUGUUCCAGCGGUCCAGCGUGCCCACCUCCCCCAGCAUGGAGCUCUGCCUGCAGGGCUGUCCUGACGAGGGCCUGGAGCUGCUGUUGAACUUCGUCUACACCGGAGAGCUCAAGUUGGGCCCUGACAACCUGGAGAAGGUGCAGCAAGCUGCGACCAGCCUCUGUAUACCAGAGGCCCUCAGACUCUGUCAGCAGUACAAGGAGACCUCUGUGGAUCCUGUACCUGUGAAGCGUAAGCGAGGCAGACCGAGGAAGUCUGCAUCGGAUGCAAACUCAAUCAAAGAGGAGAUCUCGGUUACAGUCAAUAAAGAUGACUCUGGUGCUGAUAUAGUUGGUCUGACUACAGCUGCCGCCACUACAACACGCUCUGGUCGUUUGGUUAAAGGCCCCAAGCGACUAGUGACUGCUGAUGACACAAAUGUUCCUGUGGAGAAAGAAAGUGGCAGUGCUGUUGUGGAGAACCAAAACCCCCAUCAGCCAUCUGGUGAAACUGAGGUAAUACAGCUGCAGACUGACAUAAACAACAGCAGUGUUGGCCAGGUAACUGCAGAAGCAGGAGCAGAAGAAGAAGAAGAUGAUAAUGUGGGAUAUUUUGAGCCCAUCACUGAGGACACCGAUGAGGAAUACGUCCCCGUUGCCGAGCCAGCUUCUUCACCUCUGUCCACGUCGACGGCACAGAAGCGCAAGAGUAAAACAAACAAGAACAAGAAUGGUGAGGCUGUGGAGGAAGACUCCAACAAGGGCUCGGUGCAGUGUCCCACCUGCAACAAAUCCUUCAAAAGCAAAUACUACCUCAAAGUCCACAACAGGCGGCAUACAGGAGAGAGGCCCUUUGGCUGCCUCAGAUGUGGGAAGAGGUACUUCAGGAAGGAGAAUCUUUUAAUACAUGAGAUGAGAGAUUGUGCAAGAAUGCAGACGUACACCUGCUCGACAUGCUCCUCAACAUUUAAUACGAAAGAAGACCUACGUCUGCAUGUUGUCUCCCACACAGGAGAUAUGCCCCACAAGUGUACAACGUGUCCUGAGCAGUUCAUGUACAAGAAAAACUUGACACUUCACAUGAUGAAGGUCCACGGUUACCCCAAACCACACGCAUGUACCCAGUGCCCCAAAACCUUCCUGACUCGGACGGAGCUGCGUGUGCAUGAAGCUGCCAAACAUCGAGGUGAAAAGCCGUUUGUGUGUGAGGAGUGUGGCCAUCGUGCAUCUAGUCGAAACGGCCUGCAGAUGCAUAUCAAAGCCAUUCACAGAAAUGAGCGCCCUUUUGUAUGUACCCUCUGUGGCCACGCGUUCUCCCAGAAGAACAACCUCAACAUGCAUCUGCGGAUACACAGUGGGGAGAGGCCUUACCAGUGUCACCUCUGUGGGAAAACCUUCAGGACGCAAGCCAGUCUGGAUAAACACCACCGGACACACACCGGCGAGCGUCCCUUCAGCUGUGAUGUGUGUGAGCAGCGCUUCACAGAGAAAGGGGCCCUCAUCCGUCACAAGGCCAGCAAGCACGAGGAAGGCCGUCCUCACUGCUGUGACAUAUGUGGCAAAACCUUCAAGGCGAGGGAGCAGCUCCGUGUCCAUCUGCGUCGCCAUAAAGGCAUGAGGAAGUUUGAGUGUAUCGACUGCGGCUACAAGUUCACUCGACAGGCACAUCUGAGACGACACGUUCUGAUCCACAAACGCACCGAGAACUACAACCCGCGUCAGAGGAAGCUCAGGAACGUGGUGGUGCAGGAUGUGGAUGGAAGCUCAGCAGAGAACGAAGCAGGUAAAUCUGCGGAAGCCUCACUGAUCACCGACGGGACGGGUUACGUCCCAGAGACAGCCAUCGUCCAGGAGUCUACAAACCCAGAGUCUGACCCGACCGGCUUUGCCUCUGGCUGCAUAGUGCGGGUGGUGAUCGAGUCGAGUGAGGCGGUGAUAGAGGAGGCGGUGUCCAACCAGAACCUCCGUCAUCCUGUGGACACCGUGGACAGUUUCUCUGUGCCGGAGGUGUUGCAGCGAACACAGCUGGUCACUGAGGCGUACCAGACGAUAGACAUGGAGGGAAUCGUUGAGAAUUUAUCAGUGAGUAAGACCUGAAGACUGACAGAGAAGAGACUUCCUUUCUCAUUUACAUCUGGUACUAACAUGGUUCAGCUUGUGGGACUGAUGUUUUUCUGUAGAACUCUGCCUGAGAUCCGAACGCAAUUCAGAUACAGACUGCAAGUUUGUUAAUAAUGGGUGUAAACCGUGUAAAAAUAUGAUAAGGGAUGAUGAGGCUUAAAAUGUGGCCUUAUAGAACUGAAUACAGAAAAACUACAAGAAUCAGCUUUAGCUGAGUUUUUGCACAUGCAAGGAAUUAUUAUUAUACAAUAAAUACGCUGCAUGUUUGUGAAGGUUGCAAAUUAGUAUUUUUAGGUUCAUCUUGUUCAUCCUUAUUUCAUUAAUGUGCCUACAGCAGCUGCAGCCAUUUGGCUACUGAAGAUGUACUUUGAUAUCCACCAGUUCGACCUAAAAGAACAUCUCUGCCACAAACUCUGCUCCAACUAAAUGUUCAGUUAACAACAUUAGGAAGGUGAUAGUUCUACUUCAUGCUUUUUAUUCAGGUGGCAGCGGGUAAUGGUGUGCUUGGCUGUUCUUUAGUAAUGUAAAUAGGAAUGAUAAUGAUGCCAGAUGCACUAGAGAACCAAAUAAAGUGUCCCAUAAAAGCAGUGAAGAAGACAAAUGCCAGCAGCUAAACAAUGAAUGUAAAUUUGUCUUAAAACAUCAGUUAGUGUUUAAAAAUUAUUUGAGUUUAUUUCAACGUGCAUUUUCCAUUGAAGGAAUACGUUUUUGGUCUGCUAGCUGAUUGUGAAUGAUCUGGUGGUCGGGAAGGUGUCGGAAAAUCUGACACAUGCUAACUAGCAUUCUUUGUCCUGUAUGAAUCAUGCAAAUCCUGAACUCUUCACCUGUAUUGUAGAGUUUCACACAAAAUAGUGUGUAUUUGGGAAAAAGGCGUCAACCAGCCUGCUGCUUUCUAGAAAAACUGGUGUUUCAUUUGUUGUGAGUCUGACUGAAAGUAAUCACAGAACUUAGCUAUCACUUUACUAACUCUGCAUAUUCAUCUGUGUAGUCUGAAUGUAAAGUUUGAUGAACAUGGUCGUCCUUGAGAUGGUGUUUAAGCCACGCUCUGCUCCCCACAUGCUCAGUAAAAAUUAAUACAAGCUACAUGCAAACAAUCUGGCAUGUGUGAAUGAACAUGUAAGCUAAUAGAGUUAGCAAAAUGGCCACUCCCAGUUGCUAAUUUCAGAUUACUCUUUCAUCAGACAAGAAAAAUAUUUCAAGCAGCUUGUGAAAACCUCAUCUCCAGCAAAGAAUAAACUGCUGGCACACCGUAUUAUGUGACGGAAAUGGAGAGUAAUGCAAGGUUAGCAUGACCCAUAGAGACACCAUUCAUCUUCAAGUAAAUGUUUUCAACAUGUUUGUUGUAUUCAAUUCUCCAUUUUGGUGUAAAACAUAGCUUAUGAUAUUACAAAAAACAGGGCACCUUAAAUGUUUGCGGACCAAGCUAAUUAGGACUUUCUCAUUUACCAUGUCUUCAGUCAUUAUGAGCUGCACCAGAUGUACACUGGAGUUAAAAGGCUACACUGAAUUUCUUUCUCAAAAUGCACAGCUUUGUGUUUCAAUGACCUCAUUUGCUUACUCUUGCUGUAAAACAUGAAUGCACUGGUUGUCUUUUCAGUCUGCUGCGACUUUUGUCCAAAAGAAAUCCUUGUGAACAUUUGCACCUGUGCUAACAGCUAAUCAGAUUUGACUCAGCAGAAUAAACUCUGUCAGACCUGC